GCUUACACAAUUCUGACACGCACCAAAUAUGGAGCAUUGAUUCUCUUGGCGGAAAAAGAGAAAAAAAAAAAAAAAAAAACCCAGAUUUACAAUAAUUGGAAAAAUUAAUUUGUUUAUUAGCUGUAAUAAAUUCAGUAGUCCCCUGGCUGUUAUAAAUACAUUUGAAGAGCAAGAGGAAGGGAAGAAGAAGAACCAAGCAAAGUUGAAAGAAAAGAGUGAUAAACAUGGUGCCUGACAACAAUAGGAAUGAGGUUGAGGAUUAUAAGUUAACUGUUCAAGUCCCUGAAACUGCCCAUCAAGUUAGCACUGAUUCAUGGCUCCAGGCCGGUUUUGUCUUGACAACUGGUGUUAACAGUGUAUUUGUGUUGGGAUAUUCUGGGACAAUCAUGGUCCCUCUUGGCUGGAUAGGAGGCAUAGUCGGUUUGCUUUUAGCCACCGUGCUGUCGCUGAACGCCAACAUGCUUGUUGCCAAGCUCCAUGAACAUGGGGGAAAGAGGCAUAUCAGAUACAGAGAUCUUGCAGCACAAAUAUACGGUAGGAGAGCCUAUACAAUUACAUGGGCAAUGCAAUAUAUCAAUCUGUUCAUGAUUAACAUUGGGUUUCUCAUUUUGGGUGGUUCUGCUUUAAAGGCUUGUUUUGCCCUUUUCAAUUAUGAGCACACCAUGAAGCUUCCAUACUGUAUUGCCAUAACUGGGUUUGCUUGUACUUUGUUUGCCAUAUCGACACCACAUCUGUCAGCUCUAAGAGUAUGGUUGGGAUGUUCAACAGUUCUCAGCUUGAUAUAUAUCAUCGUGGCAUGUGUGCUUGCAGCUAAAGACGGAGCUAAUGCACCACCCCGAGAUUAUAGCAUACAUGGGGAAUCUUCUAGCAGAAUUUUUACAACUAUAGGAGCAUCUGCAAAUCUUGUGUUUGCAUUCAAUACUGGAAUGUUACCAGAAAUACAGGCAACAGUGAGGCAGCCUGCAGUGAAGAACACGCUGAAAGCUUUGUACUUUCAGUUCACCAUCGGAGUUGUACCGAUGUUUGCCAUUACCUUUAUCGGCUACUGGGCUUACGGAGCUUCAACAUCCACAUACUUGCUUAAUAGCGUAAGCGGUCCACUUUGGGUGAAGGCGGCUGCUAACAUUUCUGCCUUCCUGCAAUCGAUCAUUUGUUUGCACAUAUUUGCGAGUCCAACUUAUGAGUAUUUAGACACCAAGUUCGGCAUUAGAGGAAGCGCCUUGCAGCUUAACAACUUGUCCUUCAGAAUUGCAGCAAGAGGCGGGUACCUCGUUAUCAGUACACUGGUGUCUGCUCUUCUACCGUUCCUCGGAGAUUUCGAAAGCCUUACAGGGGCAUUGAGCACGUUUCCACUAACAUUUAUCCUAGCAAACCACAUGUACAUUGUGGCAAAGAAGGAUAAACUGAGUACCUUGCAAAAGUUCUGGCAUUGGCUCAAUGUCAUUAUCUUCGCUCUCAUGUCCAUUGCAGCAACGAUUGCAUCUUUGAGGCUCAUAGCUGUUGAUUCCAAAGAAUACCAUGUGUUUGCUGAUGUGUGAUAUCUACAAGGGCUGAGAAAAAUGCCUAAAAUUAGCAGAAAUCCGAUUCGAAUUUAGCCUUCGCUUCGGUUUUGAUUAGACUAAUAAUAUCAAUGUAAUGUAUUCAUUCGGUUCUCGGUUCAUAACUUCUAAAAAAAAAACCACAAAUAUUAUUAAAACAGAACAGAAAAGAACCGAACCGAAUUGAACCGAAUUUUAUUUUAAUUUAAUUUUAGCUAGUGUUUAAUUUCUGAUGGUAUAAAAAUAAAUAAAUAUAUAUUUUAUUUCUAA